CUCGGCUCGAGUUUGUGUCGAGCUCAGCGUGGGAAGUGGGAACCUGCGCUCGGCUCGUUGACAGCCCUCAGAGUCUGAGACCAUUCCCGUCCCCGAGCAAACACGAAAGCCCAGAACCAGAAGCUUCUAGAAGAGUCGCGGGAACCAGAGCACGCGCACCCAGCCCCGCAGCCAUGGCGGAGAAGCUAGCCCCCGAGAAGCGCCACGCCUUCGUCCACAACGGGCAGAAAGUGUUCGAGUGGGACCAGACGCUGGAGGAGGUGAACAUGUACAUCGAGCUCCCUAAGGGCGCGCCUACCAAGCUCUUCCGCUGCACGAUCCAGGCCGGACACGUCGAGGUCGGCAUCCGCGGCAACCCGCCAUAUCUCAACCACGACCUGACGCACCCCGUGAAGACCGAUUCGUCGUUCUGGACAAUAGAGGAUGGUGAAAUGCAUAUCACUCUGCAAAAAAGAGAAAAGGGAAAGAUGUGGUCAUCUCCCAUACAAGGUCAAGGUAUCUUGGAUCCAUAUGCUGCAGAUCAAGAGCAAAAACGGCUCAUGCUGCAAAGGUUUCAAGAAGAGAAUCCGGGGUUCGACUUUUCGCAGGCCCAGUUCUCCGGAACCUGCCCUGACCCAAGGACAUUCAUGGGAGGAAUACGCUCAGAUUGAAGUUUCUUGCCUCGAUGGCAUAAAUUCCGCCAAGUUGCUGCUUCUAACCCCAGCGCAUCCUGUCAAAUGCGACGGCUGUACCUAUUGUUUCUGUAGAUUAUGAAAAUGUCUCACCUGUAAUGGCUUGGUGUUUACCCUGGAAAUAACGGUGAUGUGUGUGACCUAUAAAGUGCGGACUUUUAGUUUC